AGAGAUUUUAAAGCAAACAUUGAAGUAAGCAUGUGGUGUCCACCCUACAUUCUCGAAAGGGGUGGUUGGAAGUAGCAGGAAAAUAAUUGGUUAGCUAAGCAUUGAAAGACAGACCCGAGAGAGUGGACGGUUAGACGGGAGCCUCUACUGAGCAACCAUGAGGACACUGUGUGUUGCUGUUAUCCUGCUGACUCUCAUCUCAGUGUGCCAGUCUGCCUCGCUGGCCUGCGACAAGCUGUCAAAGCCACUGGAAAAAGGUCCAGAUCUGCCCGGGAGAUGGUACUACUUAGCUUUUGCCACAAAGCAAUGUCUCCCUUCGACAGUAUUUAAUGCUGUUUUCUGGCCAAGUAUUGUGAUGGAUAUUAGUUCCAAAGGACUGCCAAAUCUCUAUGAUGCCAACUUACAACUUAAAAUGUACGGAUUUUGUGUAAACGAAACUGAGCAGUUUUUCAAUGACCACGUGAAAAUUUGGGAUGUCGACAGUGACAAUAAUCCAACUGGUAGUCCAAAUGUGCUGCUACAGACCAGCUGCCCGGACUGCAUCGUUGUACAGUCGGAGGAUACCAUUGGCACUCUUGUGCUCCUGAGUAAAAGAAAUGCCAUCACUGAAGCUGAGAUGAAGGAAUUUGAGACUCAGGCAGAGUGUCUUGGCUGGUCCAAACCAAAAGUGUUGAACACAGAUUUUGACGUUAACAACUGCCGUUAUGUGGAGGACAGCACGACUGAGGAUGAAUCGGAAGCACAGAAUUUACUGAUGAAAGUGUAUGAAAGGGUGAAAAGCAAGCGUCAGAAUAUAAUUGAUUGUCUGGUUGAUAGCAUUGUUAAUUAUUUGCCUGCUUCCCUUUCUUAAAAUGAAGUGACUGCAUCUUUUUCCUAUCUCUGGCUUUGAUUGUGACUUAGGACAGCGGCUUUUCUCUUUUCUUCAUGUCAAUGUGCCUCACAAAAUGACACUUAAAAAAGUAUUCCUGUGGGGUUCUGCACUAGUUAGCUUCGUGCUAUUCAAUGCGGACCACUGGAUAAAAAAGCUUGGGAUCUAGGUGGGUGAAAUCAUAACGUUUGCUUAUUUCCUGUAGUGGAAAGUGGGAAAAAUAAACUGUGAUGUAAGGUUUUAUCUCCUAAAUGGACAAUGUUGUUUUGCUAUUGCUGUGUGGCUAAUUUGUCAUUCAUCAAUAAACAUCCAUCCAACCUCC